UGUACUAAAAUUUUUUUUUCGUUUUCUUUCAUAUAAUGUUGAUGCCAAGUUUUAUAAUGUAGUGAUUACUCGCUGUAUCAUGUUUAUGGAAUUAAAGUUUUUCUAACUUAUGUACUAAAAUAUUCCAUAAUAUACAUUUCAUUUAUGUUCAGAUAGAAGAAAAAAACAUUAACUAUAUUAAGAAGUGUAAUCCCUGUUCAUAAAUGAACCUAAAUUUAGAUAUGCUUCUUAAAAAUGUGUGGUCUGAGUUCGAAAUGAAACAGUUUACUGUAGUUUGAAAAUCUUUUAAUGUUUUAAUAACAUUUCAUUUUUGUUGACAAAUCAAUUCGAUAUGAAUCCAAAAAGCUUGGAAGCACGAAACAGUGACGACAGACCCUUUGAAGGAAUGGACAUAAGCAGUUCUAUGCAGCUUGAUACUUUGGAAAGUCGAAGUCCAUGUACAGGCUGUGGUAAAUCACGCAUGUAUUUUUGUUACAAUUGUUACAUUCCGGUUUCUAAACUUGCAGGAAGGAUUCCCAUUUGCAGAUUGCCGAUAAAAGUUGAUAUCAUCAAACAUCAACGCGAAAUCGAUGGUAAAAGUACAGCUGCACAUGCAGCUGUAUUAGCUCCUCAAGAUGUAACUGUUUAUACCUAUCCUGAAGUGCCUGACUAUGAGCUUGAUAAAACUGUAUUAUUAUACCCUGGAACAGAUGCUAAAACUGUACAAGAGUUUUAUACGAGUGAAACAAAUACUAUGUCAUAUACAGAACAUUUACUGGCUGAAUUACCUCCAGGUUACAAUGUAGGUACAUUAAGAACUAAAAUUGUAAAUAAUGGUAACAAUUUUAACAUACAUCAUGUGGAAAAGUUUCCUAUAGAUCGUGUGGUAUUAAUAGAUAGUACUUGGAAUCAAAGUCGAGGUAUUUAUGCAGAUGAAAGAUUACAGAAAAUCCCAAAAGUAGUUCUGCAAAACAGAGCCUCACAGUUUUGGCGUCACCAAAAAGGUAGUCCACGUUGGUACCUUUCUACUAUUGAGGCCUUACAUCAGUUACUGUUGGAAUUACAUUUAUGUGCAUGGGGACGCAGUGAACAUUAUAAGUCUAACCUCACUUUGCCAUACCCAAUACAUAGUCAUGAAGACCAUCCACAAUGUAAACCUUACUCAGGGCAAUAUGAUAAUUUAUUAUUCUUUUUUAAGUUUAUGUAUGAAAAGCUACACAAAUUAUACAAACAUGAAGACCUUUUAUCAUACAAAAGACCCAUGUUGUAAAUAAAUGAAAUAAUUUAA